AUGAUAGCAAGUGCAAGAGCUAAUUCAUCAAGAAAUAAAACAGGAGUCUAUGGAGCUCCUUCUCGAACACAAUCGAAAUCACCAGAAAAUAAAUCAACUGUUGUAUCAAAAUCACCAUCACAAAAUCGUACGAUUCAUUCAGCAAAAUUAUUAUUAGCUUUAUCUGAACAAAAACAUCAUUAUUUACAACAAGCUCGUUCAUCAAAUCAAGAACUUUCACAAUAUCAAACAGUCGAUGGAAAUAAUCAUAGCAUUACCGAUUCUCAUUCAAAUAUAGAUGUAAUGCGAAAUGGUUUUCGACCAUCGAUUGUACGUCGUCAGAAACAACAUAUAAUAAAUACUUUAAAUCAUCGAGAUAAUCAAUAUCAAAAUUUACAAGAUCUUUCAAUAAAACAAUCAUUUACUCCAUCAGUUGGUUCAGCUAGAUUAAAAUCCGAAAUUGAACAUCUUAGUAGUAAAAUCAAAUUACAAGAUACUCCACACAACAAAUCACCACGAUCUCACCGCAAUCGGGAUAUGUCUGGUACACCCCGAAGUAUUCUAUCAAAUUUCACAUCAAAUCGUCCUUCAUCUGCAUCUACAAAUAUAGUAGCUACGCGUAAUCAUGAACGUAUUUCAACAACAACAAGACUUGGUACUGCAAAUACAGCAGCAUCAAUUUCAGGAGUAGAUAAUAAUUCUUGUAAAUCUCCACAAACUUUAGUAACUAUACCAACAGCAGCAUCAACAACAACGGGUAACGAAGACUACAGUCGACAUUAUAUAAAUCAUCAUAUUGCUCAUGCUUAUCAAGUUCCACAACAAUCUAAUAUUGGAAAUGAAAGUGCACUUCCAUCGACAUCAUUAACAACAACAAUAAAACAACGUGCAACAAAAAUGGGUACUCGUAAUAAUGAAAAGAAUACAGUUGCAUGCCCAUUCUAUGUUAUGUAUUUUACGAAUUUAAGUUUGCAACAAACUUCUAAUGAUAAUGAAAAUGAUAAAAGAUCGUCAGCAACACCAUUACCAACGACACGUAAAGGCACAGCUAAUUCUCGUAUAGGUACAUCUCAUUCACGUCAUUCAUCAACUAGAAAACAUGUAAGCAGUCCAUUAAGUAUGAAUAGUCGUUCAGCUAUUGAUGAAGAUGAUGAAAAUUCGUUGUUAAGUAUAGCACCAUAUUAUAAUAAGAAACGUUUCUCAGCUAGAAUAGCUGCAUUUGAACAUGAAAAUUCUCAUUUAUUAAAAGAUGUUCUACGGACUACAGCAUGGAAUCAUGUACAAAUGUAA